AUGCAGAAAUUUCUCAAGGCUGCACAGUGUUGGGAUGUAGUGACCUAUGAGGAUGUGCAUGUGAACUUCACCAAGGAAGAGUGGGUUUUGCUGGAUCCUUCUCAGAAGAGUCUCUACAAAGAUGUGAUGCUGGAGACAUAUGGGAAUCUCACUGCUAUAGGCUACAUUUGGGAAGACCAUAAAAUUGAAGAACAUUUUCAAAAAUCCAGAAGUCAUGGAAGGGUAAAAUUGAUACAGUUAAUUCUGUGA